ACGCUUUUUGAGGUCAGGUUCAUUUCAAAAGUCUCUAAGCUAGCCUACAUUCAUGUUAAGAACUGAAAAAAAUCUCCACCGCUCUCAAUCUCAACCAUAGUAUAAAUAUAUAACACCAUAUUACAUUAUAAAUAUCCCAAUACAUUUCUUUAUAUUUUCAUCUUUAGAAUACUGUUGGUGUAUAUUCUCAUAGAGAGAGGUGUUUUCUGAAUAUGGCAAAUCUUCCGGUGAGGUUUCAGAGAAUGAUGGAUGCAUUUGAUGCAGAUAUGGCACUUUCACGUGUGAAGCCCGGCAGCGAGAGCAGCGGAAGCGAGCACUCGCCGGAGAGUUCGCCCGAAUUGUCGGAUCUCGUGUUAUCUUUUAUGGAAGAUAACGAGAGAUCAGGAGAAGAAGAGGAAGAAGAGAAAGUUGUUUGUGGCGAAGAUCGCGAUGAAAAGGUUGAUGAAGAAGAUCUUGAAAAAAUUGAAAUGUUGAAGAGCUUGUUUGAUGGAAAUAAAGAUGUUGAAGAGAAUGAAAGGGAUGAUAAAGAAAGGAUUAGGAGAGAAGUUGAGAUUGCAAUUGGAGGACUUGUUGGAAGUGAUAAUUCGUUUCCUGGAUUCAAACGUUGGUUGAUGACUCAAUUGAGAGAGAAAGGUUUUGAUGCUGGACUAUGCAAAACCAAAUGGGAGAAAAAUGGGAAAUUAACAGCAGGUGAUUAUGAAUAUAUUGAUGUAAAUCUCUCUGAAAAACGUUACAUAGUCGAAGUCUCCUUAUCUUCUGAAUUCGAAAUAGCUCGUCCAACAAAUCAAUAUUCUUCUUUAUUAGAGAUAUUUCCAAUGAUUUUUGUUGGUAAAGUGGAAGAGUUCAAACGAAUUGUGAGAUUAAUGAGUUCUGCAAUUAAAGGAUCAAUGAAAAGAAUGGAUUUACAUGUAGCACCAUGGAGGAGAAAUUUGUACAUGCAAACCAAGUGGUUUAGUUCUUACAAAAGAACAACUAAUGCAGUUGGAACAAGAAAAGAGUCGUCACAUUUUUCAGCCGAGUCUUUUUUUCCUAAAAAGUUUAUGGGCUUUGAAGAACGACAUGUGAAAGUAUAUAAUUGCAGAGAUGAUUACGUGCGGGUUAACAAUGGGUUUAGAGUUGGCCAUUUGACUGCUGUGUUAAAUUCUGAUAAUUUUGGAUUGUGAUGAUAGUUGUGUUUGUACUACUCCAUUUUGUAUAGAAGUGCUUUUUUUUUGGUAUGUGGUUGAAGAGUACUAUCAAGUGGUUUUGCAAAGACAAGACACACAAUAUGCUAGAGAAGAAACUUCUCUCACUUGUAUAGCUAUGGUAUUUUUUUUUUCUUUCUUCUUUGGGUAGAUAAACCAAGCAAUUGAGGUUCUUAUUGUUAGCAAUUUUGUGUGUUUGUUUGAGAUGAAUAGUGUAAAAAUCAUUAUAAAUAGAAGAUGAUUGGUUUCAUGGGGACCAAUAGAGACUUUAUAAAUGAAAUAUUCUAGUGGUAGAGGC